CUUAUCCAUAAAGGCAGCAAUUGUUUUUUGUUUCUUCCUCUCCUCUGCAAUCUGCAUGAAUGAUGGAGGCCUUCCCCUGGAUGACUAGUCCGCCGCCCGCCGCUGCUUCCUCCCCGACGACGCUGCAGGCGGGGGACUUCUCGAACCAAGGAACUCUGCAGCGGCGCCUGCAGGCGCUGAUCGAGGGGUCACAGCUAGAGAGCUGGACGUAUGCCAUCUUUUGGCAAUCGUGUAUCGACAUCGACACCAGCGACUCGCUCCUCAGAUGGGGGGAUGGCUACUACAAGGGUUGGGAGGAGGACAAGCGGAAAGAGCGGGCGGCCUCCCCGGAGGAGAAGGGGCUCCGUAAACAUGUACUCCACGAGCUCAACGCGCUCAUCUCCGGCGGCGGAGAGGGGUCCUCUUCCGCCGACGAAACGGUGGAGGUGGGGGUGAGGGACACCGAGUGGUUUUUCUUAGUUUCUAUGACGCAGUCCUUCGUGAACGGCGCCGGGCUCCCGGGGCGAACUCUGUUCUCCGGAAACGUAUCCUGGCUCACCGGCGCCUACAGCCUCGGGGUCGCACCCUGCGGCCGCGCUCGCCAGUCCAAGGUCUUCGGCAUCCGGACCAUGGCCUGCGUCCCCGUCGGAUCUGCUGUCGUCGAGCUCGGAUCCACGCAGCUCAUCUAUCACAACACCGAGAUCACGGCCAAAAUUAAGGUUCUCUUCGGUCUUAACCCCGUGGCCGUGGAGAUGCCUCAGGCUGCUCCUUCCGGUGCCGGAUAUUCGCUCUCGCCGCCGUUGAUGGUUGUGGAGCAGGGAGAAGAAGAUCCGUCCCUGAUAGAGAUCCCCGCCGCGGCGCUCGACGACGCUAGGAAGGACGACAGGUCCAGCGGGUUCACAUCGCGCCCGACCAACAAGAUACUCUCAGUCUCAUCCGCUCCCCUUUCUGCCGGCCGUCAGGGCAAGACUUCCGGUCGCGACUUCCUCAGCAGGGCCAACACGGACCAUUCUCAGCUUGAGCACUCAGUUCGGGAGAUGAAGCGGGCGCCGCGGAAGCGCGGGCACAAGCCGGUGAAAGGAUGCGAGGAGCCGUUCAAUUACCACGUGGAGGCCGAGCGGCAGAGGCGGCAGAAGCUGAACCAGAGAUUCUACGCGCUGCGCUCGGUGGUGCCCAACGUGUCGAAGAUGGACAAGACGUCCCUCCUCAGCGACGCCAUCGGAUACAUCAACGAGCUUCACGCCAAGCUCCGGUCGGCGGAGGCUGACAAGGAGGCGCUCCGGGAUCAGAUGGCGACUAUCAAAAAAAAGUACGACUCUGCAGCCUUUACGCACGGCGUCUGCUAUGACAUGGAGUUGGAGGUGAAAGUGCUGGGCUCGGAGGCGAUGAUCCGGGUGCAGUGCCAGAAGAGGAACCACCCAGCGGCGAGGCUGAUGGCGGUGCUGAUGGAACUGGAUCUGGAAGUUCUCUCCUCGAGUGUGUCGGUGGUGAAAGACUUGAUGAUACAGCAGACCACCGCGAAGAUGGCGGCGAACAGGCCAUUCACGGCGGAGCAGCUCGACGCCGCUCUCUACUCCAGAUUAGCAGCAAAUCCAGCGACAACAAUAUAUAUAUAGUCCCUAAUUAUAUAUGGGUUUGUUCUACGUACAGACUGCGCUCUGCUAAAUCUGUUUUCUUAAUAUUUGCCUUAGAUUUCUUUAAGAUCGUGUUUCCUCAAUCUGUUUCACAGACCUGUGUACAUUAGAAAUAUCAGUGUUGCAAUAUGUUG